AUUUCUCUCAUCCUCCCUCUGUCACUCUUUCUCUCUCUCUGGCUCUAGAAGUCGGAGAAGAAGAAAAGAAGGAGAAAUUUCAUGGGGGAGGACAUGCCACCAAAGCCCACGAUGAUCGACCCACGCAAUGGCUUUUGCUCAGAGACCAAGACCUUCCACAGCAUGAGGCCAACCGUCUCUCUCCCUCCUCCAACCCAACCCCUCUCUCUCAUCCACUACACACUCUCUCUUCUCUACCACUCCUCCACCCCCACCACCACCCCUUUCCUCAUCCACUCCUCCACCGGUCUCCACCUCACCUACUCCGACUUCCUCCGCCAAACCAAAUCCCUUUCCCUCUCUCUCCUCAAUUCUCUCCCCUCUCUCUCUAAUCAAAACCACGUCGCCUUCAUCAUCGCUCCUCCCUCUCUUCAAAUCCCCGUUAUCUACUUCUCUCUCCUCUCCCUAGGCGUCACUCUCUCUCCCGCCAACCCUCUCGCCUCCCAGUCCGAGAUCACUCACAUGAUUGGUCUUUGCAAACCGGUCAUCGCCUUCACUACCUCCUCAAUCGCUCACAAACUCCCCUCUUUCCCACUCGGCACAAUUCUAAUCGAUUCGCUCGACUUUCAAACUAUGAUGAUGAUGAACCCUACUACUGAAAACAAUCACCAACCGAAUCCAGAAAUCAAAGUGGAGCAGUCAGAUUCGGCGGCAAUACUGUAUUCGUCUGGUACGACGGGCCGAGUCAAGGGCGUUGAGUUGACUCACCGGAACUUCAUUGCCUUGAUUGCCGGAUUCUACUAUAUCCGGCGAGAAACCGACGACGACAACGCUCCGCAUCCGGUGUCUCUGUUCACGCUGCCGUUGUUCCAUGUGUUUGGAUUCUUCAUGCUAAUUAGGGCGGUUGCGUUGGGGGAGACUCUGGUUUUGAUGGAUAGAUUCGAUUUCGAGGGGAUGUUGAGGGCGGUGGAGAAGUACAAGGUCACUUACAUGCCGGUGUCACCGCCGCUGGUGGUGGCGCUGGCGAAAUCGGAGCUGGUGGCGAAAUACGAUCUCAGCUCUCUUCAGUUGCUUGGAUGCGGUGGUGCGCCGCUCGGGAAGGAGGUUUCCGAGAGGUUCCGGGAUAGGUUCCCCAGAGUUGAGAUAGUGCAGGGAUAUGGUCUAACUGAGACUGGUGGAGGGGCAACAAGAAUGUUAGAUCUGGAUGAAUCUAGACGCUAUGGAUCUGUAGGUCGUCUAGCCGAGAACAUUGAAGCCAAGAUAGUUGAUCCUGCAACUGGAGAGGCCUUACCUCCUGGACAACAAGGGGAGCUAUGGUUACGAGGACCUACAAUAAUGAAAGGUUACGUUGGAGAUGAUGAAGCAACUGCGGCAACAUUGGAUUCAGAAGGCUGGUUAAAGACUGGUGAUCUCUGUUAUUUUGACUCUGAAGGAUGCCUCUACAUUGUUGAUAGAUUAAAGGAAUUGAUAAAAUAUAAGGCCUAUCAGGUUCCUCCAGCUGAGUUGGAACAUUUGCUUCAAUCAAAUCCUGAAAUUGCUGAUGCUGCUGUAAUUCCAUAUCCUGAUGAAGAAGCAGGGCAGAUUCCCAUGGCCUUUGUAGUGAGGAAACCUGGGAGCAAUGUCACUGAAGCCCAAAUUAUGGAUUUCAUUGCAAGACAGGUUGCUCCUUACAAGAAGAUUCGGCGUGUUGGAUUUGUCAAUGCUAUUCCAAAAUCUCCGGCAGGGAAGAUCUUAAGAAGAGAACUGAUCAAUCAUGCUCUCUCUGCUGCUUCAUCUAAAUUGUGAUAAAAGUUAUUAUUAAUUCUGUGUAUACUUGAAACAACUUGGUCAAGUCGAUUCCAUUCAGUUAAACAAGUCAGUUGUCUUAUCUUUUUUCAUUUUAUUUAAUUUACUUAUUAUUAAUCAUUUUGGCAUCUAUUUACCCAAAGGUGGAAAUCAUUUGUUGGGCAAGUUUGGAUUUGGAUCACUU